AUGCAUUUUAUAAAAUAUUUAGCUAUCUUUGCCAUCUUUGCCAUUCAAUUCAGUUUACAAGACGUUUCAUCUGAAGAAGAUUCAAACCAAGUAGCUGUAGCAUCACAAGAAGGAAAUAAUUUGUCUGUAAAACAAACUCAAAUUCAAAAAAAAAAUUUACUUGGUAGUUUAAAAGAUAAAUUGGGAGAAAAAACAAAGGAAUUGAAAGCUAAAGUUGGACGAGCUAAAGAUAAAGUAAAAUUAACAUUAGAAAAUACCAAAAAUGAAGUAAAAGAAAAGCUUAACAAAAGUCCCAAAUUUCAAAAAACUUUGGAAGUGAAAAACAAAUUGAAAACCAAAGCUAGUGAUUUAGGAAAUAAACUGAAAACAAAAAUUUCUAAGCUUUUUUAA